CAAGUAAUCUCUCACAUAUCCCACUUAGCUUCUGCCAAAACAGUGGAUUUAAUUACCUGCUUUUGUUGAAUCACUAAAUGGCCAAAUGAAAACUAGCAAGACUGCAUAUUUGACUUCAGUGGGAGUAAAAUUCUAAUUUUCUUCUGCAACAACAUUAUAUCUAAUUCUUGACAGUUGAGGCUUUUAUGCAUGCAGGAGAUCAAACAUUUCCCAAUUCAUUCUAUAGAUUUGUCGAUAUUAGAGAUGUUGCAAAUGCACAUAUUCAAGCACUUGAAGUUCCUUCAGCCACAGGCAGAUAUUGUUUAGUUGAAACCGUUAUACACUGUUCUGAGGUUAUGAAGCUUUUGCAUAAACUGUACCCCACUUUGUGCCAUCCAGGAAAAUGUGAUGACAAGCCUUCCAUAGCAGGAUAUCAGGUAUCCAAGGAGAAAGCAAAAAGUUUGGGUAUCAACUUCAUUCCUUUGGAGGUGACCCUUAAGGAUACUGUUGAAAACUUGAAGCAAAAGGGCUUCCUCAGUUUCUGAAUAAUGUUAAUGAUCGGGUAGUGAUA